CAAGAAAUUGUCCCGACUUCAACAUGUCCCCACCAUAACAUGUCCCCACCAUCACACUAACUUUACUAUUAGUAUGGCAGUUAACUUAACCUGUAACAGGUUGGUGUGUGCCCAAGUCCAUGCACAGUGCGUACAGUAUGCACCCAAGUACGGUACCACGGUACCUACAGUAUGUACUGUCUGUACCUUGUCCGCAAGACUCCCCCCGACCAUACCUACAGUACAGAGCAAGAGCGAGCUUGGACGGCGACGGUUGACGAUUGUGAACUCACCUAUUACCGGCAGUAACUAUCAUUCAUUCGGUAGUAUCGUUCAUUCAUCAUUCGGAUGCAGAUACUGCCCCCACCCCCGGGAGACCUCAAGAUCAGGGGUCAUACUCACACCAGUUUGUCCCCCACGUGAACGCACGCAACCAUGGCACAUCGAGCACAGCAUCUAAAACAACAACCGGCCAUUUUCUCACCAUCAAUUGCACGUGCUGCCGCUUCUACCGCCAAGGACUGGGCCUACGUUGACGCAUGGUUAAAAACAAAGUUCCCCGGCCAGAAAGUCCCUCCCUUUGAACGGAAUGUAGACACUUUGAAGGCUCUCCUCACACUGGCAGCUCACAACGAGUCUGCUGACGAGGAACGCCACCAGCUCGCUCGCAUCGAAGCCUCUGCUCUACAGGAAGUCAAAGCUGCCGAGGCCGAGGCGGUCAAACGCCGACAGGCAUACCAAUCCUCCGGUGGGGAGGCCAAUCUCAGCGCCGAAUCCGUCGCAGAUGAUGUCUUACAGGCAGUCGAGAGCCGUCUGCCCAAAGACGGCAGCGCAGCGCUGGACGCCAUGGCCGACAUGGCGAUUGAGCUUGGCGUCGCUUAUCCCACCCCCGAAGAGCUGGCCUGCAAUUUUGUCGAGCUGCAAGCCAGGAGCUUCGAGCUGGAACAGAUGACUGGACGAGUCGCCUUGCUUCAAAAGUAUCUUGACCGCGAAUCAGCAGCCGCGGAGACCUUUCUCCGAGAGAUACAAGGUGAAGAACACCAACUCCCUAUCGACCUUGAUAAGCGGAAUCUUGAGCUCCAACGUCUCGUCCAGACCAUGUCCCUCCAGCUCCCUGAGCUCCGGAAGCAGGUUCUUUCUCUGGAGACAUCUGUCAGCCUACCAAAGACAACUGUGGAGGAUGUAAGGCAGGACGAGGAAGGCUACCUGGAACUACUGGCCAAGAAGAAAGAUCUCGACGCACAGCUCCAGGCGUUCGCAGGUCUGCCUCCCGACAUUGAAGCAGCGCGGCAAGAAUUAGAGCAUCUUCGCACCGAGCUCAGGACUGCCACGCACAGAAGGGAUGCAGGAUGGGAGGGGUUGGUAGAACGUGAAAGUCCUUUCAAACCUCGCAGCAGACGGCCUUGAUCCCGACGACGAGGAGAUAUGGCUGGGUAGCAUCCAUCACUAUCGUUACCUGUCAAAAAGCUCGUGGGUGUUUGUCUGACAUUCGCCCCUUUUUCGUAUGUGGCAGAUGCCGUAAUGGUACUGCAUAUGCCACACAAGAGUGCAUAGUUGCUCUUGGUAUAUGCCUAGACUCAACGCCGGGGCCCAAUGGGCUUC